UUGCACUUGGCCCCUUCACCUCUCUCUCUUACUCUCCUCUCUCUCUCUCCCUUUCAAGGCUCAGCCCUUUCCCCCUUCCAAUAUAGCUAUUUUAGACAACAAUAACACUAUAAGUAAUGGACUAUAGUUCAGGCCCAUAUGAUGGCCAUUACUCUAGCAAUCCACGAAGACCAGAUAUGAUUCACCGAGGAAGCAGCAGUAGUAGAUCUGGCGAGAUUGAACAGGUCGUUACCAAACUUUUACGAACAACAAAGGCGUUACUCGAAGCUUUGACCCAAUGGUCACAGCUACGUGCAAGUACGGCGGAAAUCCUCGAAUACCGCGAAACGCUAGAGAGGCAGUUUCAUUUAGUGUCACAAGCGUUUGAAGAAAAUGGCGUGCACAUGAGUGAUUUGAUUUGGAUUCCUCAUCAGCUCAAAGAAACUGUGUCAGCAGCAAUGGACGAAGAACCUUCUCAAGCCACGCUCGACCACCACUUGCCAAAAAUCCGAGACGUUAUUGUGCACUUGCUGCAUGGUUUAAAAGGAAAACAACACUCGCUUCGUGAACGGGAUGCUCAACAGCAGCAACAGCAGCAACAGCAGCAACAGCAACAGCAACGUGAAUGGUCUACAGCUCGUGAUUCCUAUCGAUCCACAGAUUCCUAUCGAUCCACAGACUCUUGGCGCCGAGAAGUACCACAAGCAGCAUUGAAUAGAGGCAUGCAAUCGCCGCCACGAGGACCCAUUUAUCCACCCGAUCGAUCACCACCGCCGCCUGGUCACUCUCGCUUGACAACAUCCGACUAUGAUCCUCGCUCAGGCAUGCCUCGACCCUCUGUCUCAUCCGAAAACUCUCCUCGCUACGCUCCUCGCCCUUACUCACCCAUACCGCCACGCAUGCCAUCCCCGUCUCGAUCGACAUCAUCCACUGGCGACACUAACACGAACCGACCGCCAUCCUCUUCGUCAACUGCACGCAGCGCCAGUGGUUAUUAUUCACCAACACCUUCAUCUGCAAGUAUUGUUGCUAAUAAUAAUGCUGCUGCUCCACCCCCUCCUCCCCCUCCACCACCUCCACCUGUUGAGCAACAGCAGUUACAACCACCUAAACCAAGAUCCGAUUUCGAUGAAAAUGAUCCCGGAACAGCCAGUGCACUUGCUGCAUUAAAACGACAAGAGAAUCUUGCUCGACGUUCCUCUGUACGUCGAGCAUCCAUGUUUCGAGCGAACGGUGCUGUUAGUGACUAUCAUCCAACCAAACGACCUGGGAAUGACCUGGCACCACCUGUGCCUUCGCUUCCUUUACGUCGGUCUGUUGAAGGCAUGAGCAAAUUGGGAACAGUGACCGAAACACAGGCAAUCACAGCAGAACCAGAAACUGUUAAAGAGGAUGGACAAGGCGAAGAUUUGGAUCAAACUGGAUUGACAUUGUUUUUACAAAUCGGCAAGCAAGUGAAAAAGGUGUACUAUACUGGCGAGAUUAGUAUCCCCGCAUUGCGUAUGCUGUUUAUCGAACGAUUCAAUUAUUCGUCUGGAUUGAACGAUUUUCCAAACAUCUAUAUUCGUGAUACCUCCCUCAACGUGUCUUACGAGCUGGAAAAUCUCGAAGAAGUGGCGAAUAAAACGGUGUUGUCGCUCAACGUGAAUGAAGAAGAAGCGACGCAAAAGCAAUGGAUGGAUAAGGUGACCGAGUCAGUUGAAAAAGAAAUGAGCGAAAUUCGACAGCUUUUUGUUGAGCAUGUGGAUGAGCUCAAGAUACAGGUCGCAGAAACCCAAAAAUCAGUACAGCAACAGCAACAGCAACAAACCAUCCCUCCCCCACCGCCACCGCCACCAACAGAUGCAGAAGCAGCACCAGAAGCAGAAGCAGAAGCACCUGCACCCAAACCGGCAGCUGAAGCACCCUCACCAUCUUCAUCACCAUCACCAGAUCAGCAGCAGUCGGAUGGAUCCACACAGAUACCUACAGCACAACUGCAGGCACAGCUGCGGGAAAUCGAGACACUACGCCGCGACAUGGCGGUACUUCGACAAAUCCAAAGCGAGAUGCGGCAAGGCACGGAUGAGAUUGUAGAAGAAAUGAAGGAAAAGGCACAACAAAUCCGAGAGCGCGAAGAACAAGACAAGGACAAGCAGAGUGCACGGUCGGCUGCUCGUCUUUUUAUCGAAGAAGGCAAAGAAAAACUGUUGUCAAACUCGGACAAGAUUACUGGCCGGCUGGAGGAUCUGCAGGAUACUGUGGAUCAGCUGAAACUGGAUGUGACGCAGCGCAAGUGCCGCCCAUCUGAAGCACAGAUGACGCAUUGCAGCAAGGAGCGUGAGGAGAUUGCCCAAGCGAUCGAAGAGUUUGGUGCCUACAUUGUCAGUGUCAAGCCUCGCUGGAAGAAGACGUGGGAGCAAGAGCUGCAGACAAUUGUCAAGGAGCAGCAAAUGCUAAAGGAACAGGAGGGUCUGCUGUUGGACAUGCGCGACGAUUUGACAGCGCUUGUGGAAGUCUACGAGCAGCUCGAAAAGAUCUAUGCGUACCAAGCCAAGGCCAAACCCGUGGUUCGCGAGUUCCAUGUUGCGCCUGCUGAAGAAGGGUUUGAAGGCAUGAACAGUGUGCUUAAGCAAGUCGCCACAAUUGAUGUUGACCAUGACCGACGUUUACGCGCCAUGGAACAAGCAGAAAAGAUGCGACAACGCGAGCUGGAUAAUCGUAUUGACGAGUUUGAACAAGAGCUGUCUACGUUUGUGGGUGCCAAGAAGCUCAAAAAGACCGGUGGUGCGGAAGAAGCAGAACGACUUCGGAAACAAAAGGAUGCCGAUAUUAUCAAGCAGCUCUACAUGGAACGGAAACAGAAGGAAAAACAGAAUGAAAUACAGAAUGAACAAGAGGAGGAUAGGCCAGAUGAAGAUAGUAACUAGUUCAUCACCACCUGAUUUUCCCCUCCCUUUUAACUUAUAUAAAGUUAUGUACAAAUUGUUACUAAACACAUGAACUUGUGGAUGGUCUUCUUGUCAACCACAGUAUGCAUCUAUAUUUAAUGUUUAAUUCUACAGUG